AUGACCGAACAGCAGGCCGUCUCCAGGAUUGCAGUCCGUUUACCGCCGUUCUGGCCCGACAACCCGGUACUCUGGUUCGCGCAGGCAGAGGCAAGUUUUAGCUGCGCUGGAAUAACGGUCGAAGCAACUAAAUUUGCGCUGAUUGUGAGCCAACUCGACCAACGUUAUGCAGCGGAGGUGCAGGACAUAAUCACAGCACCGCCCGAGGCUGGAGCUUAUGCCAGGCUAAAAUCAGAGUUGAUUCGACGGGUGGCCGCGUCGCAAGAGGACCGGAUGCGUCGGGUUCUGACACAGGAAGAAAUUGGCGACAGGAAGCUUUCUCAAUACCUGCGACAUCUACGCAGCAAAGUUGACACCGUUACUGUGCCAGACAGUCUGCUCAGAACGCUGUGGAGCAGUAGGUUGCCGCCGCAAAUAAAAGCCAUAAUCGCCUCACAAACGGACAUGCCGCUGGAUGACGUGGCGCAGCUAGCAGACCGGAUUCUGGACGCGAUCGCACCGGCUCCGGUCAGCGCAGUCGCGGCGUUGGACAACAGUGCAAACAGUACCGCGUCUGUAGCACGAGCCGACCAUGAUUCUCUCGCUGCCAAGGUUGAGCUUUUGUGCGCCCAGUGCCGAGUUGUGCGCUUGGGUAUUAAGAAAGUAAAUGAGAAGAACUGUAGUGUAAAACAGCACAGCCGCUGGGGCAAAGAUGAGGACAAACGUGACCUUGCGUCUUUCUGUAGCGACUACGUCGACGCCUUCCAUCUCCGUGACGGUAUCGGCAUAUCUCUCGCUAGAGAUAGCUCUUACGGCCAGCACGGAGGAGCACGUGGUGACAGCCAUCACUGCGUGGGUGAGCACGUCUGGCACGUGAAUGCUGUACCGGCCGCUGGCGGCCAUGUCCCGGACGCUCACCAGAACCGCCCAGCAGAUGAGGAGCAGCAGUAG